AUUUGUUUCUUCUUUCUUGGCUGGCCAAAGGAGGAGAAGUUUGUUUUGAGAGCGGAGUUCCAUAAAUGGCUUCUAAGUUUUGAGAAAGACAGGAGCCCUAAGGUUGAUAGGAAAACCAUUUACAGAAUUCUAAACAAGCUUCAAGAAGAAGGGCUCUGCAAAUGCGUUGGUAUUCGUGUUCCAAAUGUAAAUGAUUGUGGUCGUAGUCGUUGCUUUGUGAUAGUUUUGCAUCCAUCUGUUCAAGGAUUGAGUCGAGACGUAGGAAAUGAAAUUCAUGAAAGGAUUAGGUCUUUUGAAUUAGAAUUCCGUGGCCAGAGAUUAUCGAAGAGGAAAAGCAACGAGACAAUUCCAGUAUUGAAUGUCGUUCAGAGAGGUAGAACUAAUGCGGAUUUAGAUGCGCAAGCUAGCAAAUCAGGAGUUAUGCGAGUGAAAGGGAGUGUUUUUGCAAAGAUGGUUCGUGUGAAGCUUCUACACUGUUUCCUUUGGGACUAUUAUAGUAGUUCUUUGCCUGGCUGGGACAAUGCCUUUUCUUCUAUACAUGAUCAUAAAUCUGAGAAUUUGUUUUCACUUAAAGAUGCUUUUAGAGCCAUGCCACUCCAACUAUUUGUACAAGUUGUUGGAUCUACUCAGAAAGCUGAUGAUAUAAUGAAGAAAUGCAAACAGGUUAUGCGUCUUUCUGAGAUUUCUAGCGACAAGUAUAAGCUUCUAAUGGAUACUCGUGCCAUUGGGGUAUUAUCGAUGCUUAUUGAUAUUUUACGCCGGUUAAAGUUGAUUCAGAUGGUAAGUGAUAGACUCAGACGUGACGAGAUUGAGGAGAAGUAUGCUAAUUUAACACAUGCAGUGGAGCUUAAACCUUAUAUAGAGGAACCUUUGUUUGUUGCUGCUAAAUCCGAUGUCACGUCUCUUGAUUUUCGUCCUCGUAUUCGGCAUGACUUUAUUCUAUCAAAUAGAGAUGCUGUUGAUGAAUAUUGGCUUACUCUAGAAUAUUGCUAUGCUGCUGCUGAUCACAGAGCUGCUAAGCAAGCAUUUCCGGGAUCUGUUUCUCAAGAGGUUUUUGGUGUCCGCUCUUGGGCCUCAGAUAAUGUCAUGACAGCGGAACAGCGUGCGAAGCUCUUACAGUGUAUUGCAAUCGAUGAAAAGGAAAAAAUCUCAUUCAAAGAGUGUGAGAAGAUUUCUAAGGAUCUGAACCUGACCAUAGAGCAGGUUAUGCAUGCUUAUUACGCGAAGCAUGGAAGACGCGUGGAAUCAAAAUCAAAAGAUAAUAGUCCUUCAUCUUCCAGGAAAAGAAAAAGAGCAUCUCUUGUAAAGACUAGAGGAGAAGGUGUCAGAUCCAUAACAGUAGAUGGACAGAAGGUUCUAAAUUCUGAAGCCAUUGAUGCCUCAACUAGUGAGAAUUUUCAAGAUUCAUUACAAGAUGACCAAACCCCCAUUCCAAUGCAUCGACAAGAAAAUGCAGAGAUAAGCGAUUUUACUGAAGAUGAAGGUCAGUGUUGUUCCAUCAUCAACCGGCAUGCAAGUUCAAAGACUAGAUCAACUCCUUUACAAAGAUUUUCGUGGACAGAUGAGGCAGACAGGAAAUUGUUGUCUAAAUAUGUUAGACACCGUGCAGCUCUUGGGGCAAAAUUUCAUGGAGUAAAUUGGGCUUCAGUUCCAGAACUACCUGCACCUCCUUUACCUUGCAAGCGACGGAUUCAAACAUUGAUGAAGAAUGAUAAAGUUCGGAAGGCGGUCAUGAGGCUUUGCAAUCUGCUCAGUGAGCGUUAUGCAAAACAUCUAAAGACGGAAUCCGGUUGUGUUGAGCAUCGUAAAGAUGAAGGAAAAUGGGAUGACUUCAAUGAAAAGAGUAUAAGUCAAGCCUUUAAUAAUGUUCUUGAGCUCAAGAAGAUGGCUAAACUGCUGCCCUCUAAACGGAGGAGACCUGCAAUUCACUCAGAGGACAUUCAAACUUUUUCUAUGGAUCAAGUUAAAGAUACAUCUCGACGAGCUGGACAUUAUCGUCUUCAUCAAAUUUUUAAGCAUGUAGAUGAAAAGGACACUGGUAGUGUACAAGUGCAGAAAUCUCUGGUAGUAUCUACUGCUGUAGAACUGUUGAAGCUUGUCUUUCUAAGCAUGCCUACUGCACCUGGUAUGCCAAAUUUGUUGGAAGAUACCUUACGACGAUAUUCCGAGGGUGACCUCUUCACCGCCUAUAGCUACCUCCGAGACAGAAAGUUCCUGGUUGGUGGAAGUGGUGGACAACCAUUUGUGCUUUCUCAAAACUUUUUGCAUAGUAUUUCAAAGUCACCAUUCCCGGUUAAUACUGGGAAAAGAGCUGCCAAGUUCUCAAGUUGGCUUCUCGAACACGAAAGAGACCUUAUGGCUGGGGGAGUCACUCUUACUUCAGAUUUACAAUGUGGUGAUGUUUUAAAUUUCUUUUCAUUGGUUGCUUCUGGUGAACUCUCUAUAUCUGUAUCCUUACCUGAAGAAGGUGUUGGAGAGCCUGAACAUCGAAGAGGUUUAAAACGUAAAGCUGAUGACGUAGAAGAAUCUGAAACUGAUAGUGCUAAGAAAUUUAAGCUAUUAGGCGAAGGUGAAAGCAACGUCCGAAAGGAAAAAGGUUUCCCUGGUAUAGCAGUAUCUGUUCGUCGUGUAAAUCUACCAAUAGCGAACGCAGUAGAGUUGUUUAAGGAUGAUGACUCUUGUUCUGGUGAACUUCAUUUCAAGUCGGGAGAAACAAAUAAUCGCUGUGGUUCUGAUAAUAUGAAAGAACUAUUCAACUCUACUGAUGCUACUGUGAUACCAGGUAGUUUAGGUGAUUCUCCUUGGCAAGCAAUGGCCAGUGUUGCUAGUUGUAUUAUGUCCGGAUCUGCAGAUGAGCAACUUAGUUUAUUCAGUCCCGGGGUUUUCGAAGCAGUUUCCAAUGCCCUUCACAAGGCUGGUGACCAAGGUCUAAGUACUGAAGAAGUCCACUGUCUUAUUAAUAUUCCAAGCCAAGAAACUUGUGACUGCAUUGUAGAGGUACUUCAAACAUUUGGAGUAGCUUUAAAGGUAAAUGGCUAUGAUAAUUUCCGUCUUGUCCAAUCGCUCUACCGAUCAAAGUACUUCUUGACAUUGGAGGAUGGAGGAACUACCAAAAAUGGUCAACAGUCUCUACCAGUAAACUACCUAGAGAGGGCUUUGGAGGAACAUACGUCAAAAGAUGCUGUCGCCAGCGGGUACAGUACUUCACAAGAAAAGCGUGAGCGUGUCGCUGUGAACAACGUUCACAAGGUUACAAUUCUUAACAUUCCCGAAACGGCACAAACAAGCGAUUUGCACGAAGCAUCUAUCAAAUCUCCAUCUGUAACUUUUGGACCGGGUAUCGAAAGUGAAACAAAGGAAUCAACUUCUGAGAAUUCGCUACCUAUGGCUAUAUUUCCAUGGAUAAACGCAGAUGGAUCAGUAAAUAAAGUUGUCUUCGAUGGACUAAUUCGCCGCUUUCUUGGUACCGUGAUGCAAAAUCCCGGUAUACCAGAGGACGAAAUCAUAAACCAAAUGGACGUACUAAAUCCUCAGAGCUGUAGAAAGCUUAUCGAGUUGAUGACACUAGACGGGUAUGUGAAAGUGAGGGAAAUGGUGCAAACUAAAUUCACCGGUCCUCCGUCUUUGUUAACCGGUCUUCUAUUUACCGGUCACAGAAAACCGGAGCUUAUCAGCCGCAAACACUUCUUUGCCAACUCCAAGGGACUCUUUGCCUUGUAAUAUAGUAAAAAUUAAAAAAUAGUAGGUAGUAAUUAUUUAUUUUUGGAAAUUUUUUAAUUCAUGAAAUGAAGUUUUGUCUAUUGGAAAAAUUGAAAAUAGUGAGAUAAAAUUAGCAUCUCUUAUAUUGAUGUAUGAUUUAAUAUUCAUUUUGAGGUAUAAAUAGUGAGGUUAUAAAUCUCUGGGAAAACAGUCAA